AUGGAGGACAUGAUAGCCACAUUCACAAUCGGGGUAAUCUUAUCCCUCAUGUGUAUAGUAGGAGUUGCAGGAAAUGUGUACACUUUGGUGGUUAUGUGUCAAUCCAUGCGCACGGCAGCUUCCAUGUACAUCUACAUCAUCAACUUGGCCUUGGCCGAUCUCCUUUACCUACUCACCAUCCCUUUUAUUGUGGGAACUUAUUUCAUCCAGGAAUGGUAUUUUGGGGAUGUUGGUUGCCGCAUCCUUUUCAGCUUGGACUUCCUGACCAUGCACGCCAGUAUUUUCACCCUCACCAUAAUGAGCACUGAACGCUAUUUUGCAGUUCUGAAGCCCUUGGACACGGUCAAGAGAUCUAAGAGCUAUCGAAAGUGCAUUGCUAUAGUUGUCUGGCUGGUAUCACUACUCCUAACUUUGCCCAUGUUAAUCAUGAUUAAGCUGGUGCACAAAGACAACAAGAGCAUUUGCCUGCCCAUGUGGAGUAAGGUGUCCUACAGGGUCUAUUUAACAGUGCUUUUCUGUACAAGUAUAGUAGGUCCUGGGCUAAUCAUAGGCUACUUGUACAUUAGACUGGCUAGGACAUACUGGGUGUCACAAACUGCCUCCUUCAAGCAGACCAAGAGGUUGCCUAACCAGAAGGUUCUGUAUCUAAUUUUCACGAUUGUCCUGGUCUUCUGGGCCUGCUUUCUCCCUUUCUGGAUUUGGCAGCUUCUUGUCCAGUACUACGAAUCUCUUCCUCUAACCCCCAAAGCCAACAGGAACAUCAAUUAUAUAACCACAUGCCUAACUUACAGUAACAGCUGCAUCAACCCAUUCUUGUACACCCUCCUCACCAAGAACUACAAGGAAUACCUGAGGAACAGGCAAAGGUCAUGGAGCAACAGUGGUUACUUCAGGAACCGUUUUCAAAGGAUCUCAGGAAGAUCCAUGUCCACCAGUAGCCAGCAGUGCACUGAGAGCUUUGUCUUGGCUCAGUGUCCUGGGGGCAACAACAGCUCUUAA